AUCCGCGUGAAUGCGCCCAUAAGUUCUGCAAGGUAUUCGAAAUAUUGGUGCUGUUCUUGAGUCUUUGACUCUCUAACCAUGGUUCGUCUUCAUUACUAUCGGGAUCAGAAGUAUUCCAAUCUCAAGUCCCAAUGUGAAAGAGAACAAAGCUUGUUCGUUGACAAGGAGUUUCCUCCAGAAGCCCAGUCACUGUUCUUUAGUCGUUCAAAUGUGGCUGAGCGGGUCGUCUGGAAGAGACCUAAGGAUAUUUGUGCUCCUCUUGAACCAAAGCUUUUUGUCGGUGGUGCAGAUAGUCAUGAUGUGACGCAGGGAAAACUAGGCAACUGUUGGUUUGUGGCCGCCUGCUCAUCACUGGCACUGCGACCAUCACUGCUCGAUAAGGUGAUUCCAGACAAGAAGCACCAAGAAUGGGACCCACAACAUCCUGACAACUAUAAAGGAAUAUUUCGCUUUAGGUUCUACAGGCAAGGGAAAUGGACAGAAGUUGUAGUGGAUGACAUGUUGCCGACCAUCAAUGGAGAGCUUGUUUAUAUUCACUCGACGGAGAAGAAUGAAUUCUGGAGUGCUUUGGUUGAAAAGGCGUAUGCAAAAAUGGCAGGAACAUACGAGGCACUAGAGGCCGGCAACACAGGCGAUGCUCUUGUCGACUUCACCGGUGGGGUGGGGGAGUCUGUCAACCUUAAAGAAGGAGGUUAUGCAAAUGACCCAGAGAAGAGAGAACAACUCUUCAAGACCAUGCAAAAAGGAAUGAAAGACCAGUCCUUGAUGAGUGCAUCUAUUAAGAUUACCAACCGCAAUGAGAUGGAGCAAAAGCUAGAGACAGGCUUGGUCAAAGGUCAUGCUUAUGGAGUAACAGAUGUUAAGAAGGUAACCAUUGGAGAGGGACUAUUGAGUUUGUUUAACAAGCAGCAUUUUCACAUGAUCCGGCUGAGAAAUCCCUGGGGACAGAAGGAGUGGAAUGGUGCCUGGAGUGAUGGAUCUGAGGAGUGGAACAAGUUGAAGGAAAAUGACAGGAAAAAAAUGGGAAUAAUUUUUGACAAUGAUGGUGAAUUCUGGAUGUCAUUCGAGGACUUCUGCUCGCAUUUCACCAAUGCAACGCUUUGUCACGUGGUCAACCCGUCGAUAAUUAAUGUUAUCUUCAAGCAGUGGCAUGUAUAUAAGCACAAUUAUCAGUGGACGCCUGGACAGAAUGCAGGAGGUUGUGUCCAGAACAGGGCUUCCUUCCUCAAGAAUCCGCAGUACGCCUUUGAUGUGAAGGACGGUGAGUCGGGCCAAGCGAUGAUAGCUUUGAUGCAAGAAGACAGGCGUAAGGACAAGAGUAAAGGCGCCACAAAUCUGACUAUUGGAUUCUAUGUUAUGAAGGUGGAAGAAAACCGCAAGUACCGUGUUCACACAGUGUUCAAGAAGGCAGGAGAUUCCAUCUUCAUCAAUGCUCGUGAGAUUAUGAGUCGUCUGCAUCUUGGGAAGGGACGGUAUGUGGUGGUACCGUCCACGUAUGAACCAGAGGUGUCUGGGAACUUUAUGAUAAGAAUCUACACUGAAAAACGAUCACGUGCCAGAUUUUUAGACCAAGAGCACUCAGUUGGUAGCAAGAUCUGGUGUUGUCUACCGCAGUGCCGUGCACCACAGUGUAUCGUCUCUGUCUACAUCGUCAGUGCAUCAGGCCUGCAGAGAACAGGAGUAAGCUUGACUCCAGACCCGUACGCCACCAUCUCAUGCGAAGGACGAAAGGUUAAAACACCAGUACUCAAAAACACGCUGGAACCGAAGUGGAACGCUGGCGCACUGUUCUAUGUCAGGCAGCCACAGAAAAGCCAGAUUACCAUCCAGAUUUGGGACUAUAACUGGACAAUUGAUACAUUCAUGGGCCAAGCCAAGAUACCAAUUAACAUCACCAACUCCAAAACCCAGUCAACUCACAACCUCAAAGGACGCCGCCGCCGUCAAUAUGAAGAAGUACCUGGAACCAUCACCGUUCAGAUCGCUGCUUACGCAGACUUGUUCAGUAUCUAAGCGACUGCCGUAUCUUAGCAACAGUAAUUAUCAACAGUGUCUUAGCAACGAAAAUAAUUGUAUUUUUAAGCAGCAACGAUUGCAACUAAGCACCCAUUUAAAUUCCUUGUAACAUUCAGUGGUAUCUUAGCAACGAUAAUUAUCGUCAGUUUCUUCGCAACUAAAGGCUUCGAUAAUGGUAUCUAAGAACGGCCAUUUUAACGGUAUCGUAGCAACGGUACGUAGAAAUUCCAAAGUUAAUACGAGAUCUUGUAAUAAAAAUAGUUUAGAAUGAACAAAAAAGUGGCUACCUAAGCUAAAAAAUUAGAACAAUUUGCUGUUUUCAUACAAAAACUUUACAUCGAUAUGCUUAAAUUUCUACCAUAAGCCCCUUUUGAAAAUAAACACACAUUUUCCACUAAAAGUUUUCACUGAAAUUUGCACAUUUUAAAGACUUUUUGCACUGAAAUUUUUCACUUUUAUAAACAACUAAAUAAUUUUCAAACUUUUGCGAACUUCUAAAGUUUUGACCGAUUUGUAUUAGGACAAGAAACGGAUAAGGCACUCCUACCCGGCUUAUGAAACAAUACAAAAUACGAUAGUCAAGAUAAUGGCUUUUUGUUCAAAUGGUAUAAGUUAAGUUAAAAUAAGUAAAUUGUUUUCUACACURUUGUGUGACUUUCAAGAUCUUGGAAUUUUAUUAAAGCGUUUUUCAUGGGUCAGUAAAACAGCACAAACAUUUGUUCAAUACGAAAUAAAUAAACUUAUAUUUAAAA